CAGAGGGAGGUGCUGCCACAGGUUUCCGGCAGUGCGAUGGGGAACUCCGGCUCCUCGGACGCCCUCCACCCCUCGCCCACAGCCCCGGUCGCCGCUCCCGGGUCCCGGGACAAUCCGCUCAUUUACAGAAGGCAGAACUUCGAGCGGAUCCGCAGCCAGUGUCUGCGGGAUGGCCGGCUCUUCGAAGACCCCACUUUCCCGGCUGAGGAAGUGUCUCUCGGCAAGAUCGACAAGCCCGGGAUCGAGUGGCUCCGACCCGGAGAACUCUUUACAAAUCCUAAAUUUUUUGUCAACUCAUUCAGCACCACCGAUAUCAUGCAAAGGGAACUAGGUGACUGCUGGUUCCUGGCAGCCAUGUCCUCACUGACACUCAACGCUGAUCUCUUCACCUACGUGGUUCCCAGCGACCAGGGUUUCCAGGAUCUCUACGCCGGCAUCUUCCGCUUUCGGUUCUGGCAGUUUGGGAGAUGGGUGGAGAUGGUCAUCGAUGAUCGGCUCCCAACUCUGAAUGGAAACCUGGUCUUCACCUGCUCCUCAUCUGGGAAUGAGCUCUGGAGCGCUCUGCUGGAGAAAGCCUAUGCCAAGAUGCACGGUUCCUACUCCAGUUUGCAAGGUGGGAUGGUGUCCGAGGCGAUGGAGGACUUCACCGGAGGUAUCGCCUUCACCAUUGAGAUGAAUUCCACCAAACCCAAGGAGCUGUGGCACUUGGUGAAGCACGGUCUCAACAAACAGACCAUGAUCUCCUGCUCCAUCAUGGUCAACAACCCUAAGGAAACUGAGAAGGACCAAGGUCUUGGUUUGCUAGCCUUGCACGCUUACGCCAUUGUGGACGCAGACAAGGUGAGGAUGCCCAACUCCUCUGUGAAACUCUUCCGGCUGCGGAAUCCUUGGGGUUGGAAGGAGUACAACGGACCCUGGAGUGACAGGUCUUCCACAUGGAAGGAAGUCAGUGAGAAAGAGAAGACCAGGCUAAAACUGAAGAUCAGUGAGGACGGCGAGUUCUGGAUCCCAGCGGACAUUCUCGUUGCAAACUUCACCUCGGUGGAACUGUGCAAUCAUGACCCUCUCUGCUCACACAGCACGGACUGCGUCUGGGCAAUCACCACCCACGAGGGAAUGUGGAUGUCAGGAAUCAGCGCCGGUGGAAACAUCGGCAGUGAGCUGUUCUCCAGGAACCCCCAGUACAGACUGACGCUGUUGGAAGAGGAUGAGGAGCUGCACGAGGGCAAGCCGUCCUGCACCAUUAGUGUGCAGUUGAUGCAGAAACACGGUCGCAAGAAGGAGGGCUCCCAGUACCUGCACAUUGCAUUCUACAUCUUUGCAGUUCGUUCACACCACCAAAAUUAUUCCCCAAAGUACGAGGACUGGACCUCGCCCUUUGGCCGUACGUUCUUCCGUCAGCACAGACCGGUGUUCGAAUCAGGCACCUACAUCAACACCCGGGCUGUGUCGAGACGUCUGCAGCUCCCCCCAGGACAGUACGUCAUUGUGCCGAGCACCUACAACAAGAACCAGGAGGGGGAGUUCUUCCUGCGCAUCUUUGCGAAGAAGAACAACGUGUCCAGAGAGAACGGCAUCACCGUGAAUACCUUCAAACCAGAGGUUAAUCGGGUGGAGACUGACACUGGCAUCACCAUUCGGAGUGCCCCAGAACUUCUGAAGGACGACAACGGACCGAGCAGCACCCUGAGUGCUCCAGAAUUCAUGGAGUUCUUCAAUUCAGCCGUUCCCAAACGUUUCCAUCUGUCACUGGAGACCUGCUGUAGUCUGGUGUUCGCUGUGAAUGACCCUGGCGAGCAGGGGUGGCUGACGCCUCAGGAGGCCGAGCAAAUCAUGGCUCAGGUCCACAAGCUACAGGAGAUCUUCGAUCACUACGCGGCUGCAGACUCUGGGCUCAUGAGCUCCAGUGACCUUCGACCCGCCCUGUCCCGCGCAGGGUUCGGGUUGAACUCCCGGCUGCACCGAGCACUGUGGCUCCGGCACCAGACGGGCGGCGGCCUCGACUUCAGCAACUUCGUUGGCUGCGCCGUCAAACUGCAGAAACUCUUCCAGACUUUCGAGAGGUUGAAGAGCGCGGGUCGAGAGAGCAGGAGUGUGGAAGAGUGGCUGCUGCUCUUUAUCGGGAUCUGAAGUGCUGAGAUCCCAGGAACUGCUUGGCUGGGACCCCACAGGACUGCCACCGGGAUCCAUCCGAAUCCCACAGAACUGAGGAUCUUCCUCAACUCCGAAUAUUUAGACUGGAACUCUGUUGUUGCUUAACAUCUAUUUUGCUACUUUUAGUAUAAGUGGAAGCUCUCAGCGGAUCAGGCAGCAUCCGUGGAGAGAGAAACAGAGUUUGUGCUUCAGGUCGAUGACCCAGUUCUACUGACAGAUCAUUCAGCUGAAACACAAAAUCUAUUUCCCUCCACAGAUGCUGCCCUGACCUGCUCAGUGUUCCCAACAAUUGGAUAUAUUUCAGAUUCUCAGCAACUGCAGCUUUGCUUUUUAUCAGCUGCUGCUUUUAAUAUUGAUUAGGCACAAUAUAUUCGAGCAAAGAGGCAAUUGUUUUUUAAGUGGAUGUAAAAGUUUGACAAGGCCCUAUUUACCCUUCAACUGACCUGGCCCCUUUUUGUCAGAGAACUAACCUGGAGUCUCAUUAAAGUCUGACCAGGUAAGACGACAGAUUUUCUUCACAAUAUAAGUGACCCUGUUAGUUUUUUAACAACAAAUCCUGCAGUCAUGUCCCGAUCACCAAUAUGAAUUCACAUGUUAAUUCAAGAAUGUAUUGAAUUUAAUUACCCCAACAUCUAUGGUGGAAUGUGAACUCCUGAUGGAUGUGUAUAGGAUUAUGAGAGGCAUAGAUAGAGUGGAUAGUCAGAGUCCUUUUCCCCUGGUCGGGGUGUUAAAAACAGGAGGGCACAGGAUUAAGGUGAGAGGAAGGAGUCAAAGUCGGGUUUAUUGUCAUUGGCACAAGUCCAUGUGUGCACAGGUUCAAUGAAAAACUUACUUGCUGCAGCAUCACAGGCACAGAGCAUCAGAUACACAACAUGUACAAGAAAAAAAACAUAAGAACUGUAAAUUAUACACAGUUUCUACAAGAAAGAACACAAUUAGAACAAAAAAAAGUCCAUUGUAGAGCAAAGUGGUCCCAGUGUUGCUGUACUGAGGCAGUGAUUAGGGUCGUGCUGGUUGGUUCAAGAACCGAAUGGUUGAAGGGAAGUAGCUGUUCCUGAACCUGGUGGUGUGGGACUUCAGGCUUCUGUACCUCCUGCCCGAUGGUAGUUGCGAGAAGAUGGUGCAGCCCAGAUGGUGGGGAUCUUUGAUGAUGGAUGUUGCCUUCUUGAGGCAGCACCUCCUGUAGAUACUCCCGAUGGUGGGGAGGGAUGUGCCCGUGAUGUAUUGGGCUGAGUCCACUACUCUCUGCAGCUUCUUAGGUUGCUGGUUGUAUGUUAACAGAGGGUGGGUGAUAUCUGGAACCCACUGCCAGAGGAGGUGGUCGAAUCAGAGACAGUCACUGCACUUAGACAUUUAGACAGAUACAAGGUAGAGAGGGAGACUGUCCUAAUGCAGGCAAAUGGGAUUAGUGUAAAUGGUCGGUAUGGACAGGGUGGGCCGAAUGGCCUGUUUCUGUGCUGUACGAAUCCAUGACUCUUUGAACUCAGGUCACAGAACCAUCAGUCCCGUUUGUGAGGUCAUUAACCCAUGGCGGAAGGAAGUCUACUCACGGUUACUGUGGCCUUUGACUUGCCAUUCAUCCAAUUACCAAUCAUGGAUGGUAGAAGUUCAACUGGGUUUGAGAAACCAACAAGUCCUUCAACUAGAUUUGAUUACAACAGAAACAGGCCAUUCAACACCUCGAGACAAUCCCACCAUUCAAUAAGAUCAUGGCUGACCUACCUCAAUGCCAUUUUCCUGCUCUGUACCUCUAUGCCUCGACUCCUCAAAUACCUGUCCCAGUUUUAAACGCAACUAGUACUCUCCAAGGAAGAGAAUUCCAAACGUUCAACAUCCUCUAGGUCAGACCAUUUCCCCGUAUUUUGUUCCUAAAUGCCCUGCCCCUUAUCCCGAGACUGGCACCCCUGGAUCCUGAUGCCUGAACAAAGGGGAGACCAUCCUCCCCGUACCCAUAAGCAACUGGAAGGUGGAGAGGUGUGUGUGUGUCAGGGGCUCCUGUCAGGGAAAAGGCAUGACAGUCUCGUAUGGUUUGCACAAAUGCUGGGUGCUCACAAUUGCGAAGGGAUUAGCAUUAAAAUUAAGCUGCUGCAGCUCAACGUUAAGGCUUUGUAACGUGUUUGUGAUAUGCUUAAAUUGGAGAGUAGAGUCUAGGUCAGAGGGCAUUGGGAACAAGACAAUCUUGUACCAAUAGUCACCUAACGGUUCUUGACGACUUCUUAAGCUGAUUUCUGCACGUCAUAUCAUACCGCUCUACAUGCACUUGUUAUAAAUCUUUUAUUUCAUUGAAUAAUCACACUAACAAUACCCAUGAUUAAACUAUUAGAAUGUAUACUGUAUCUAGUCAUGAAUAAAUAUCAUGAAGCAUUUA